AUGAGUCUGAGGUUUGCAGUCUACGUCGUGUGGAACUACAGCGAAGCUUCGGAAAAUCGCCUGAAGACCAAGUACGACAUCGACGGUCACCUGAUCAACGUGACCCUGCCGACAGGAGAGGUCAGUGGUUACCAUGGCACUAUGGAGAAGUCAGUCAGGGUGGAGUGUACUUCAAACCGAGGGCACUUCAUGACCAUCACUAACCACUCGCAGGACAGCACGGCGUACACUCUGCGACAAGGUCAUGCGACGAGUGUGUACCGCGUGAGUGGAGACGGGUCUCUGUCUGCAACAUACUCCAGUGGAAUGGACGUCACCCUGAGCACAGAGCCCAACAUGGGGGUGGGGCCGUUGCCAGGGCUGUUGCCAGGGGCAAUCCACCCCACAGUGGGCAGGUGCAACAUCACGCUGCCGGGAGAACAGAGCUCGAGUCUUAUCGAGUGGAGGCAGAGACGAGAGCAGAGCCGAGGGAACUACAGCGUGUAUGAACGCAGGCUCCGGGCUCAUAAUAGGAACGUUCUCUCUAUCGACUACAACCAGGUGACUCGUGUGGGAAAGAUCUACGACGAUCAUCGCAAGUUCACGCUGCGAGUUCAGUACGACGAGCUCGGCCUCCCUGUGGUCUGGACUCCCAGUAAAUACAGCGAGGUGAAAGUGAGCUACACCUCCACGGGGCUUGUCUCCAUCAUCCAGAGAGGGAACUGGAGCGAACGCAGGGACUACGACAACGGCAGGCUCGUCAGCCGCACCUGGGCCAACGGCAUCACCUGGAGCUACACCUUCAUGGACAAGUCCAUCCAGCUGUUGCUCCAGAGUCAGCGUCGCUACACGUUCGAGUUUGAUCAGAUGGACCACCUCCUCUCUGUCACUCUGCCCAGCAUGGUUAAACAUGGGCUGCAGACCGCACUCUCCAUCGGCUACUACCGCAACACCUACACGCCCCCCGAUGGCUCCUCCCACUCCGUCGUUCAAGACCAUGCUCAUGACGGACGCCUCCUGCAGACGCUGUAUCUCGGCUCAGGCAGACGCGUCGUGUACAGAUACGGCCGAGCGCUGCGGCUCAGCGAGGUCCUUUACGACUCCACAGUCGUUAGCUUCACCUACGACGAGGCCACGGGGGCUUUAAAGACCAUCCACCUGAUGCAGGAAGGCUUCGUGUGUACGAUACGAUACAGGCAGAUGGGUCCGCUGGUGGGACGGCAGAUCUACCGCUUCAGUGAGGAGGGUUUGGUGAAUGCGCGCUUCGACUACAGCUACAACAACUUCCGUGUCACUAGCAUGCAGGCUAUGAUCAACGAAACGCCGCUGCCCAUCGACCUGUACCGCUAUGUGGACGUGUCAGGACGUAUUGAGCAGUUCGGUAAGUUCAGCGUGAUCAGCUACGAUCUGAACCAAGUGAUUACCACACACGCCAUGAAGCACACCAAGAUCUACAACGCUAACGGACAGCUCAUCGAGGUCCAGUACGAGAUCCUAAAAUCUAUAGCCUUCUGGAUGACGCUGCAGUACGACGGAGCGGGACGUGUUAGUGCAUGUGAUGUCCGCGUGGGCGUCGAUGCUAACGUUACACGCCAUGCUUACCGCUAUGACCCAGACAGCCAGCUGGCAUCGGUUUCGGUUGACGAUCGUCCCAUGUGGCGUUAUGGCUAUGACCUGAACGGAAACAUUAACCUGCUGAGUCACGGCGACGUUAACGUUAAUGGACGGCUAACACCGAUACGCUACGAUCUAAGAGACAGCAUCACACGUCUUGGAGAUGUCCAGUACCGCAUAGACGAAGACGGAUUCCUGCGCUCACGUGGUAAUCUUGUGUUCCAUUACAGUGCUAAUGGCCAGCUGCAGGGGGCACUAGAGCGACAAACAAGCCGCCGUGUUUCGUAUCGAUACGAUGGACUCGGAAGACGCGUUUUUACCCAAACAAGCGACGGGACACGGAUUCAGUUCUUCUAUGCCGAUCUGACAGAACCGACGCGCGUCACGCAUCUGUACGAUCACAGCGCUUCCGAGAUCACGUCACUUUACUACGACCUCCAGGGUCACCUGAUUGCUAUGGAGAUGAGUAGCGGUGAGGAGUUUUACGUGGCGUGCGAUGUGGCAGGGACGCCGCUUGCUAUUUUCAGCAGCCGUGGCACUGUAGUCAAAGAGAUCCGAUACACGCCCUACGGCGACGUCUACCUCGACUCGAACCCAGCCUUCACUUUGCCCUUCGGGUUCCACGGAGGGCUGUAUGACCCCCUUACCCGGCUCGUUCACAUCGGCCGCCGUGACUACGACACGGUCGCAGGGAGAUGGACCACGCCCAAUCAUGACCUGUGGGCAGAGAUGAGUGAAGAUCCCAAACCCUUCAACCUAUACACGUUCAAGAACAACAACCCAUUAGGCAGCGUGCAAGAUGUCACCAAGUUCACAACAGAUGUUAGCAGCUGGUUGCAGUUGUUUGGCUUCCAGCUCCAUAACGUUGUUCCUGGCUUUCCCACGCUGCCCGUAGAGAAAACCCAACACACGUACGAGAUGAUGAACACGCAGGCACGAACACACAGCUGGGAACCAAGCAAGGUCACCCUGGGGGUCCAGUGCGAGCUUCAGAAGCGUCUACAGAGCUUCAUCUCUUUAGACCGCCUCCCCAUGAGCUCAGCAAACGGGAAGCCGGGAAGCAGACAUAAGCUCCGCCCACGCUUCUCUGCCCUCUCCUCCAUCUUUGGUAAAGGUGUGAAGUUUGCUAUCCAUGAAGGCGUAGUUGCAACAGAAAUCGUGGGAGUGGCUAGCGAGGACGGUCGUCGCGUGGCCUCACUCCUGAAAGGCGCCGUCUACUUGAGUGAUCUCCACUUCACCGUCACCGGACGUGACACACACUACUUCUGCAAGGCCAGCUCACUGGAGGCGGACCUCGCCGUGGUCGGAGUCGGGGGCGGAGCCAGAGUGCUGGAGAAUGGUGUCAACGUGUCGGUUUCGCAAAUGAGUGCAGUGAUGGGUGGAGAAACCCGCCGAUUUGCAGAAAUCGUCCUCCAGCAGGGGGCGUUGAGUCUGCAUGUGCGCUACGGAGCAACACCGGACGAGGAACGCGUGCGAGUGAUCGAGUCUGCACGAGCCAGGGCUGUGCAGGGGGCGUGGCUAAUGGAGCAGAGGCGGGUGCGAGACGGAGAAGGCGGAGUCAAAGCGUGGACGGAGAAAGAGAAAGAGGAGCUUCUUACUGAGGGUCGUGUCACGGGUUACGACGGAUUUUACAUCCUGCCCGUGGAACAGCAUCCGGAACUGGCCGAUAGUCCGUUUAAUGUACAGCUGAUUAGACAGACUGAUGCCGGGCGUAGGUAACACACACACUCACACACAUGCUCGCACAUGGAAACACACACACACACACACACACACACACACACACACACACACACACAAAACAGUUCUCAGCUUAGUUUCCAGGAUGUUGCCAAGACAAAAUCAUGACAGACUUCUUUGACUCUGGAAUGUGCUACAAUGAUGUUGUAUCAUUACGUUAUUUAAGGAAGUGCCCUGUUUGCAAGCUUUACAUCUAUUCUUUUUGUCUUAAUGUUUAAAUUGUGACGCACAAAGCCUUCCGUUUCGACCCUAAAGGCCUCCGCUUUCGUUAUUCUCUGUGGUUAAAAAAAAAAAGACAAGACGACGGCCCUUGUGAAUAUUCAGAAUAUCCUGCAGUCUUUUUAUAGAAAAAACUCCAGCGAGUGACGAGUGCUACUUUACAUACAGACGAGCUCCGAGGAUGAAACGCUGAACAGACGACUAAAACUUCAGCUUGCGAUUCUUCAGUAAACCAGAAAAUUCUCCACCAUAAACGUUGUCUUUCAGCUUUCUCGGACUCGGACACUUUGUACGGAGCCUCGCGAUGGACACCUCGGAUCGGAAACGUCACAUAUCGCUCGUUCUGUGUGGCCUGAUGGCAUUCUCUUACUCCUGUGGCCUUCUAGAAGCUCCUGUUUAAGAGGCCUUCUGCAAUCUUCUGUUUCAACAGCUUACUGUAUGCGGUGUGCCGUUCUGGGAUCUACUGUACAGAAAGGAACGACAGAAUCAGCCGUUUGCAUCGUAAUCCAGAAUGAUUUCUGUUUUUAUUAUUAUUAUUAUUUAUUUUAUUUUUUUUUAAUUAAGAAGUCCGAUGUUUAAUCGUAUUCCAGAAUGUGUUAUUAUUAUUUUUUUUUAUGCCAUUCCACAAGUUUCUGUUUGUGUGGUAUUCCGGAAUCUACUCUUUAAACGGCGUUCCAAAACCACGUUGUUUUUUUUUUUUUUUUUUUUUUUUUUUUAAUAUAUAUAUAAUUUGGUUUUAUUAUUCCGUUUCAUUGGAACUCGAAAAUCGUUUGAAAUCGUCUGCUUAGGUGUGGCUUUUCAAAACAAUCAACUUUAGUAGCAUUCAAAAGCCUUCAGUAUAAAUGCCAUUCGGGAAUUUUCUAGUUAACCGCCACAUCCGGAAUUUCUCUAAUGUCCCUUUUCGGAUUUAUGUUCCUUAAUUUGAAAAAGAAUCCCGGCGUGAUCUCUUGCUAACGUCCUUCCGUAACGUUGAAGUGGCAUUCUGGGAAUCUUUGCUUCAAUGGCAUUCCGAUAUAUAUUCUGUUAAAAUACUACAAAGGAAUCUAGCGCUUUGUCGGCAGUAAACGGAAUUUUAAAAUGUUCUUUUGUAAGCGGAAUUUCCGAACCUCCUUCAUGGACGGGAACGACGGAAUCUCUCGUUCCGUUCGUAUUCCGUAACUCGUGUGUUUAAAAAACGAGAUUUCUGGAAUCCUGCCUUUAAAGGGAAUUCCGGAAUCAUCUGCUUCAAUCGGCAUUCUGGAAUCUUCUUUUUUUGGACGUCAUGCCAGGACGGUUAGUUUAAACGGCAUGCUGAGUGUGUUUCCUGACUCUGAUCGUGUGCCUAAAACGUCUUGCGCUUUUCCACCACAAAAGAUCCGGUUCUCAGCCGGCAAACUUGCUUCGGUUCCGACGACAGCAAAAGCUACAGAACUGGAGCUGACGAACAAAUGUCAUCACAUGCAAAGGGGGAGGGGUCAUUUUGCUGCCAUGACAACUAUUCAAAAGAAAGCAACCCACCUUGAUGGCAGGACCGGGCUAAGAAACGUGCAGACAGGAACAUUCUGGGGACUCGUGGGAUCGGUAGCACGGCGGCCGUGAGUCUGCAGGUCCACGGGAGAAACGCUCGACAAACAGACUGAACACGACUGAAUAUUUCACCAUCGUUGCUAUUGCUAACAAGACUUCGUUUGAGCAGCUAUACGUUCAAAAUAAAAACAAUCACGUGUUGA